GCACGAGCGGCCGGCGGAAGUGCUGCGUCGCGCACUUCCGGGUGUUGUCUGGCCGCCGCCGCCGCGCGUCUCUGGUUUCCCGGCCGCUGCCGCCCCCGCCGCCUCGGGUAGUGGAGCCAGAAGCAGCGUCACCGCCACCGCCAUGGCCGGCAUCAAAGCGCUGAUUAGUUUGUCCUUUGGAGGAGCAAUUGGGCUGAUGUUUUUGAUGCUCGGAUGUGCGCUUCCAAUAUACAACCAGUACUGGCCCCUCUUUGUUCUGUUUUUUUACGUCCUUUCACCAAUUCCAUACUGCAUAGCAAGAAGAUUAGUGGAUGAUACAGAUGCUAUGAGUAACGCUUGUAAGGAACUUGCAAUAUUUCUCACAACAGGCAUCGUUGUCUCAGCCUUCGGACUCCCCAUUGUAUUUGCCAGAGCACAUCUGAUUGAGUGGGGAGCUUGUGCACUUGUUCUCACAGGAAACACUGUCAUCUUCGCAACAAUACUAGGCUUUUUCUUGGUAUUCGGAAGCAAUGAUGAUUUCAGCUGGCAGCAGUGGUGAAAGGAAAUUACUGAACUAUUGUCAAGUGGACUUCUUGUCAUCUGUUGACCAUCCGUGCAUACAGGAGACGGGGCAGUAAUGAUCCAUGGUGUGGCAAGCCUCUUGGGGGUAUCCUAGGUGCUCCCUUCUCACUUUUAUUGUAUACAUAUUUUUUUUCAGAGACUUGCUGAAGGAUUAAAAGGAUUUUCUGUCUUGGAAAAGCUUGACUGAUUUCACACAUAUCUAUAGUAUGCUUUUUUGUGGUGUCCUGCUGGAUUUAAAGAUUUAUAUGUUUUUCUUGUUCAGCUUUUUUUUUAAAUCAAUAUGCAAUGUUAAAUAUUUUUUAAAUGUAAUAACCAUUUGCAUUGGCUAGGAAUUCAGAAUUCUGGCCAUAUUACUAGGCUGAAGUUUUUUUUUUUCUUAGUUAAUCCCCAUUAUUUUAAACAAUUAUAAAAGUAAGUUUUCAGGACAAUUUUGCUCCCACUUUUAUGCAAACAUACAGGCAGUUUGGUGUACCUUAUAGACUAUCUACUCAGUGCAAAUACAGCGUAUUUAUACCUCAGAGGGACCAAGUAUUAAUGCCCAUGCCUUCAUUAAGGGUUGCUGGUUUUACUAGUAGAUGUUUUGUGAAUUGAAAAUUAUUUUGUGGAAUUGUUACAAAGGAGUGCUUUUCUUCUCAAGUGUUAGAGGAAUUUAUGUUAAACUUUAAGGAUGUAAAAACAGAUUUUUGAGAUGCCAUUGUUUAUUAUAGUCAAAGUAGAGUGAGUUGCAGUGUGGGGGAAAAAAGUUGAAAUUCCAUUGUUUGAAUACUUUUUCUAUUUAUAAGUGAAAUUUUUGAUUGGCCUUUUGUGUUUUAUCUCGGGUAAAAUAGACAUACAAGGAACUACUGACGAGGAAAAGUGGUAUGUUUGCAUCAUAUAUACCAGAAAACCUUCCUCUGCUUCCUCCUCUUAACUUAUUUUGUACAUUGUAUAUAUUAAGUAAAAGAACUUUUCAAAUAUAGUUUAAUAACACUUAGAAACUCAUCUGGAAAAUAACUGCUAUCCCAUACAUUAAGUGCCCCUGCCUCGUAAGGCCUUGCCAUGAUUAACAAGUGACUUGUUAGUCUUGCAAAUAAUCUGUGCAUUAACAAUUUAAGAUUUAGACCAUAGUAAAGGUAGUUCUUAUUAGGUUAUAUCAUGUAAUCUUAAAAUAUUUAAGACAUGUUUCCUGUAUUUGUUUGAUUCCAUAAUAGAUGUGCUAUUUCCUUAUGAAAGAUAUUUAUCAGAUGAAUUAAUACAGAGUAGCCAAAUCUAGCUGGGUAGUAGCUUCAGGCACGGACUUGACCAAAAAUUCCUAGUAAUCAGGCAUGAUCAAAAUGUAGUGGUCAUGGGCCUGGGAUUUAGCUCAGGGGUUCUAACACUUCCCUGGUGAGGUCAUGAGUUUAAUCCCCAGUACUUUAAAAAAAAAAAAAUGUAGUGAUUAUUUGCCAUCUCAUAAUUAUCAAUACCUUUUUUAGGAGCAGGUUAUGAAAUUUUUCAAGUCGAUCUGACAGUAUUUUGCUAAGGAUAUUGUAUGUAUCUUUAGUAUAUUUACAUAAAAAAUUAUUUUGCCUUCAGUCAUGACAGGUGUAUUUUGUUGUUUUAAGUUUAUUUCUCAAGAAAAUGGGAACAAAUUCUGAGCUGUUCAGUUUCUUACUAAAGAUGCCUAAAGCUGCCGAGUUUUGUGUUUUUUGUUUCCUGGCUGAACUUUGGUUUCUUUGGCUGUAAGAUGGCUGUUAGAAGGAGUAUGAAAUUUCUACUUGUGGUUGUCCAUUUGCCCAUUAGGCUGAAAAUGGCUUGCCAUGUGUAGUGUUCUAGACUUCAAGAGGAAGGUAUACAUGUGCAUGAAUUAGCCAGUGGUACAGUUGGAACUCUUUAUGCUUGUGGUCUACUGGUUUUUUUUUUUUUUUUUUUUUUUUUAGAAACUACAUCGUCUGGUUCUUCCAUUUUCUGUUCCUUUAGAAUGUCAGUGCAGUGCACUGCUAUUUUUAUUCGCUUAGCUAUAGACUUUUUCUAACAGCUACAUAUUCUUUCUGUAUUCUAAUUGCAUUGGCAGCAUUGUCUCUUUGACCUUGCACACCAGCUUGCCAGUGCUGUCUCUGGUUUCUAGGCUAGUUACUACUUAAGAUACGAAGUUUCCAUAGAAUAUGCACUGACACAACAUUGUCAUUCUUCUAUGGAAAGAAAGCUUUUGAUGAUAAAAUAAUAAAGAUUUUAAAUUACA